AUGCCUUUCAAGAAAUUCAGGCCGAAGUUCUCCAUUUACCAAGUUUGCGUAACUAUACUCGAAGCAAAGCACUUGCCGCAAAAUGCGAAUCCGCUGGUCGUCGUCAAAGUUGGAAAUCGCAAGAGAAGGACAGUGGUACGCGAGAGGACCGAUAAUCCUAUUUACAAUGAGUACUUCGUAUUCGACUUGACGUGCAGUUUGGAAAAUCUGCUAAACACGGGAAUCACGAUAGCGGUGUACCUACGGAACUUUCUUCGGCGACUAAAGUUUCACGGAAGCACUUCCUUCGAAGUUGCCACAGUAUGGGAACAACCAGAUCGUCAGUACUAUCACAAGUGGGCUGUGUUGACAGACCCGAAGGAUCUGACGGCGGGCCCGAAGGGUUACGUAAAGUGCAACAUCACGGUGAACGUCAAGGAUGAGAAAGUGAAGGUGCACCCAGAAACAGUGGAUGAAGACGACAUCGAAGGGAAUCUACUGCUUCCUAUCGGCGGUGAGGGGCUGCCCUUCAGGCAACGCGCUCGAUACGUCUUCGUCGUUUAUCGCGCUGAUGGUCUGCCCGAU